UCCUUGCUCUGAAAUUUGACCAAAAUAAUCUAUCUGCCAUUCUUCAUAGCUAAUUAAGGUGAGUAAAAAUAUAACAUAUAUAUAUAUAAUGCUGAAGAAUCUCGUCCUCUUUUCCUUGCUUUUCGGAUUGGUCGUCAAUGGAAAACGACCACAUUCCACCAUCCAUGUUGACCCCUCAGCCUCAUCCUCAUCCUCCAACUUCACAACCAUCCAAUCCGCCAUAGAUUCAGUCCCCUCCAACAACUCCCACUGGGUUUGCAUUUCCAUCAAGCAUGCCAUCUACAAGGAGAAGGUAACUAUUCCGGUUGACAAGCAAUAUAUUUAUCUCAAGGGAGAUGGUAAUAAAAGAGCCAGCAUUGUUUGGGGGAGCAGUGGUUCCAUCAACUCAUGCCCAACUUUUACAUCCUAUGCUGACAAUAUCAAAGUUGAAAACCUUAAUUUUGUGAAUUCUUAUAAUUAUCCUCCCAAGAAGUCUGGUGCCCGCCGUAUUAAACAGGCGGUGGCGGCCAUGGUCACCGGCGACAGAACGGCGUUUUACCAUUGCAAUUUCUCCGGCGUGCAAGACACAUUGUUGGAUGCCAUGGGCAGACACUAUUUCAAGCAUUGCAUCAUUGAAGGGGCCAUCGACUUCAUCUUUGGUGCUGGUCAGUCUAUUUUUGAGGAGUGUAGAAUAGUGGUGAAUGUUGGAUCAUCAAUGGGAGCAGGCAAUAUAGGGUGCAUAACAGCACAAGGAAGGUCAGGUGCAAAUGAUAGCAAUGCAUUUGUUUUCAAGAACUGCAAUGUGACUGGAAAUGGCAAGGCAAUCUUGGGAAGGCCAUGGAGAGGUUAUGCUACGGUCAUAUUUUUUAACUCCUCCCUCUCCGACAUCAUUCUUCCUCAAGGUUGGGAUUCUUGGUUUUACAGUGGCUACGUGGAUCAGUUAACAUUUGCUGAGGUGAACUGUUAUGGGCCAGGGUCGAACACCUCAAAUAGAGUUGCAUGGGAGGCACAAUUGAGCCAAGAAAUGGCAGAGUACUUUACCAGCUCCAACUUCAUUGACGCUGAUAAGUGGAUUAGCAAGCAACCUCAUUAAUUACAAUGGUUUAUUAUGUAAGCCAAAUAAUACACUUUCUCGUCACUUUUUGUGUUUUUUUUUUAAUUAAAAAAUAUAUAUAUUCUUUUAGAUCAAACUACCUAAUAGGUCUUGUACAACGAAUUUUGAUACAAUAUGGCCCGCAUAUCUAAAUUGUUGUGGAUUUAAUUUGUAGAUUGUA